AAGAAAACCUAUCUAAAAUGCUUUAAUCCCGUAGGUACGUGGGAAGUAGAUGGUCUAGUUUCAGCAAACAAAAACUGUUGAAGAUUAUUUCACAAUCAUUACGUGGUACAUUUACCGUUAAUUAACCGAUAUAUUCGAUCAAGGUAGGCAAUACAAAUUUGCACUAUAAAAAACAAUAGGAUUUUAUUGUUUCCCACUGACCGAUUACUUAAAGUUCAGUUUAAUCUUCCAAGAAGAACACAGCGUAGCAUAUUUAGUAGGCGUAGUUAUGGUAUGACACUAGUCGUUCGUUGCCACGAGCGGAAUCCAACGGACAAAAAGCAACAGUUUGCCAUUUCCCCGCAUCAACCAUGAAUAAAGGAACAAACUUUCGGCGUGCUGCUAUCAGUAGCGUUUACGCCAUUUCGCUUUCCCCGGAGAAGAAAAGGUUGCUGAUGCAGUCGAUGUACGCCGAGGCUCACCAGAGUGUGGGACCGUUGCGUGAGGAACAGGUGAGGGAGCUUUGCAUCCGGCUCAAUCAGUGCUACGAGGUGCGUUACGAGUCAAUUGCUUGUGCAAUGGAAAUCAUACUAAAGCUGCUAGGAGACCGUAUUGCUACAGAAGAGGUACUAGGAUCGUACCGUAAGCUUUUGUCCUACGUUUCAAGCGUGCUGGACAGGGAAAACUGCGCCAAACUGGCAAACUACAUGAGCAGAAUUUCUUCGAUGGUGCUGGAAAGCGGCGCCAAUGGCGGCAGCUCAUUCCCAGUCCAGGUGAUGAAGUGUAUCUUGGUGCUAAUGUACCGCUGCCCGAUCGUAAGCAUUCCGGACCGUAAAACCAUUCUGCAAGCGGUACGCUCCCUGCUGGAUUGGUGUAAAACCAGCCCGACCCUCUACGGCCAGUGUGGCAUCAGUGCGCUCGUGCGUACUGCCAUUAGCUCCACGAAAGCGCUCCAAGAUGAUGUUAGCAUAGCAACCGAGCUGACCGUACUGGCCCACCAUCUGCUGGACGUUUUCCUUAGCCCACAGUCCACCGCCGUACAUCCGGUGGAGGUUCUGCUGCGGCUGGCGUACGAGCAAAUAUUCGCCCGCCUGGUGACGGAACGGUGCGAUGUCCGGUGCUUUGAGCUGCUCCUGUUUGUGCUGUACAAUUUGCUCAAGCGCGAUAUCUACCUGCACCUGAAGCUCGACAUUGUGCGCACGCUGGCCGACGCCGCCGGCGGUGGUACGCGCCGGCUCGUACGCUUGCUGUGCGCUGCCGAACACUUGCGCAAUGAGGUGUUGCUUCGGAAGACCAAAACCGUCCUUACGCUGGUGCUAGCGCACAGCCUGUUUCGCUACGAGCCGGUAAAACGAGCUCGUCAUUUUAAAGCAUUCCUGGCGCUGAUCGAAACAAUGAUUAACGCCAUCGAUUUGGACAUGCUGGCGAAGGCUAGAUUUCUCUGUCUGAGCAUUCCGCGCGCGCGGCUUAGCAUCGAAAGCAUUUGCUUCGUGUUUGCGGUGCGCCAUCUCGAUCUACUCGAGGGUGGGGCGGGCGGCGGCUGCAAUGUGGAGCUGGAUUACGUCUACAAUCUGAUCGCAUCGGUCAACAUCAUCUACUACAAGCGGUGGAAGAUUCCCAGCUUUCUGGUGAAGCACGUCAUCGAUGGUCUUUCGCGCUUUUCCAACACCCGCACGUUUGAAAAGAACGUUACCGAGCCGCGCAAAAAACUGCAGGCCAUCUUGGCCGGUGCGGCCGCGCACGUGUACGACGGCAAGCGUGCGCAAGCGAUUUUCGGCCGCCUGCCGGCGACGCUACACCGCAUACAGUGGCUGGAGCUGCAGCCGGAUGACUUUGGCGCUCAGCUCAUCUUUCACCAGCAGCUGGCCAUCCUGCAGGAACGCUCCGUGCUGUCCGGCGACGAAACGCGAACCAGCCUACUGGUGGCCAUGUUCGACACGCAAACGCUGGUGCGCGUACUUUCGAUGAAGAAAGUCACCCCAACGGCUCGAUUAAACGCUUCCGUGCUGCUUUCGAAACGAAAGCUUACCGGCCAGCACCUGCACGUGGCACUGAGACGCAUCGGAUCGUCGUGUACUGGGGCGCAAGGUGUGCCCGACUGUUGGACACACUGGGUACGGGCAGUGUACGGUACCGUGCCCGUGCUCGAUAGUGCGACGCGACGUCAGCUUUGGUCCCGACUUGCCACGGUCGAGCCAGCGGUGUGUACUAGCGAGCAGCGAUUGCUUCUCGUCGAUAUGCGCGCCAGCCUGCUGGUUGCUAUGAUACCCGAAACGAACCGCGCACUGGCAGAAGAUAGCCAAGCAUCGCGUCUAGAAGACGGCGUUGGUGCACCGGCCGCGCUCGGUCAGUAAUCAUGCGUGCCGGGAUCUUGGUGUAAGCAAAUGAUAACAUACUGAGAUAAUGAACAGAGAGUACGAUCGCGCA